UCAAUCGUACGACUUAACAACUAUACAAGUUUCAAGAUGGCGGUGGCAGAUUUGCAACUUGCUGUAAACACUGUACUUUGCAUUGCUGUUUUUAUCGGUGGCUUUGCAGUGUCAAUACCAAUAGGCGUUGUCGGGAUAAAUAAUGGAGGAAAUUGUUUUCUGUAUGCGACAUACGAAAAAGAAGAAUGUGCCUCUUACAGUAAAGCAGGGAAUUGUAACUUUCCGAUCUUCUUUUCUGUGGGUGCCUGUAUAUUUUAUGGUCUAGCACAGACCUGUUAUUAUGCCUAUGCUGUGUACAAGUCCACUAAGGAUCCUACUGUGGGGUCCCAGAUGUGGGUGAUGCCGCUCAUUCUCCUGAAUUCGCUGGUGGCGGCUGUGAUGAUGGUUGCGGCUUGUUUGAUCAGUGUGGGCUUCGACAACACAUGUCAGUCAUACAGAGAAAUCUCAAAACUUGACAGUUGUGCUUCAGCAGAAAACAAGCACAUCCGGUCAGCAUGCAACGGGCCGGAGGAAGAGAAGGACUAUGACUCGGGAAACUUUAACAAGCUCUUCCAUGUGGCUGAGGUGGCUGCCUGGUUGUGUUGGUUGAUCUGGAUUGCUCUGGUUGUGUCCGGUAUUGUCAGAGCCAUUCGCAACCGACGAGCACGAGCUAAAGGAAAAUCACAGGACAAAAAGGGGUUCGCUCAAGUGGAUCCUACUGCAUAGUGGAUGGCAGUGAAGAUUGAUAUUUAUACAAAGUGUAUUUUCUCACUCUGUAGAUACAAAGUGUAUUUUCUCACUCUGUAUAUACAAAAUGUAUUUUUUCACUCUUUAGACAAAGUGUAUUCUCUCAUUUACACUUUACGUAGUUGUGAGUGACACCCUGUUCAAAGAGUACAAAUGUGUACUCAAUGACACUGCAAUACUUUGUGUCCAACAAUUUUCUUAAUCUAAUUUUUUAUUUUUUGGAGUUGGGUUUUUCUAGAGCUAACCAUUUGAUAACCAGUUUACAAAUUCACAUGACAGUGGUGGCUUAGAAAUGAUUAACAGAGAUCUGAUCGUGUUUCUUCUUUCACAUAAAAAUCCGUCUUGUUCUGGUGCACUUUGUGAAAUGUCUUUUCAUAACUGUAAUGUCUCAGUAUUUGAUCUGAAAUUAAAUGUUCCAGUUUUGCCUAGAGUUCCCCCAAACCUGGAUAGGGUUUAUUAAGUUCUAUUUAUAUAAAUAUUUUUAACAGAUAAUCAAUUUUUUUUUUAAUGACCACUGAAAGUAUUGUAAGCCUGGGUUUCAAAACACAUGAUUAUUUACUGAUUUUGAGAUGUGAUUUUCCACGGUUUUUCUUUAAUCUCCAUUAAAGUUAUGCCUUUAGUGCUGGUGGUUAUUGAAUUUCAGUAGCUAGCAGACUAAAGCUGAGCUGAGUAUUUGGGGUGAGGUGGUUGUGAGUUUUUCUUUUACUGUGUUACAGAUUUACAAGGUGGAUGUGAAUUUUGUUAUAGACCAUCCAUGCACAGCUGAGGAUGAAAUUAUAAUCUUUUAUAUUUGUAAAGGUUUUAAAGCUAUCAAGGUGUUGAAGAUUUGAAUUAUGUGCUGUAAUUGUGCGAGAUUUAUUUAUCAUGUAAAGUGCUGUUCAGACAGAUGUCAUAUCACAGGUGUUAGGUUUAGUGUGUUAGAUUGUGUCAGGUGUUAGGUUGCUGUACUCAAAAAAAACUAUUUUUUAAAAAUUGUUUUUGUGAACAAAGAAUAUCAAACUUAUACACUUUGACUUUUGAUUUGAUUGUUUUAAAAUGGAAACAAAGGAAAUGUAGUUGUCUGAAAUAAUGAUGAAGAAAGGAGUGAUUUAAGGUUCUCUGACAUUAUAGUGGACAUUGUUUUGCCUUAUUGAAUGGCGUCAAGUAUUAAUGGGUUCCUCCCGUCUGUGGUAUUCGAAAUGAUAUCUGGAUCCAUUAGAGAUAACACAGUUGGUAUAUUAGACUAAGUGAAAAUUUGUCACUUUACAUGACUUCUGUUUUCAUUUUUCUAUGGAUUUAAUCUUCUUCUGCCAAUGCUUUAGAGAGUACUGAAUCUCCCUCUUCCUCUUUCCCUCUGAGUUUGAGUCCAUGGCAUCACAUUAAGACAGAACUAUUCUGAGUUUGAGUCCUUAGCAUCACAUUAAGACAGAAAUAUUCUGAGUGUGAGUCCAUGGCAUCACAUUAAGACAGAAAUAUUCUGAGUUUGAGUCCAUGGCAUCACAUUAAGGAGGUUUGCUACACCAGAGAAAGUUGAUGUAGAUGAAAAGUGGAGGAUAUAUACAAAAAUAUUUUGAAGUUGAAAAUUUUCAAAUUUACUUAAUUUUGUCAAAAAAUACAGUUUUAGUAGAAGAUAAUCUGGAAAAAAUUUAAAACCCCUGCUGGACUCGAACCUGCGACCUACAGGUCAGCAGUCGGUAUUCUAACCUACUGAGCUACUCGGCUAGGUAUCUAACUGGAAAAGGAAAAGUCAAAUAUUGCUGAUAUCGAUUUUUUCAUCCAUGUUUUUAAAGGAAGUCAGCCAUUAUGACGAUGUAGAGUACUACCUUAAGACAGAAAUAUUCUGAGUUUAUAUGAUAUGUACACAUGUCCAUUUACAGUACUUCCUGUGGACUAUUGACACGAAUCUACCAUCAACACAUAAGUACCUACACGUGUAUAUUGAUGUUGUGAUGCAUGUUCUUUUGAUAAUUUUGCCAUGGUUUUUUUUUGGGGGGGGGGGGGAACAAAUGACUUGUUUCAAAUGAAGAGUUUGUGGACCAACAUACAUGUAUAAAAUCAAACCGUAUAAUGUGAACAGAAUUAUAUGUGAUAUAAAAUGCAAUUUGAUUUGGACAUGUUUCUUAAUUUCAUUCCAUGUACAUGUAUUGACAAAUUUGAAAGUACAUCAAAUGUUAUCAUCAUGUAAAUUAUGUCAUUACAUGAAAUGUUUAAGAUUUUUUUUUUUAGAAAUAGUUUCCUUGCAUUGGAAAAACCAAAUAAUGGCAUGCUCGUUCAGGGAAGGUUAAAGGUGUAUAGUAUGAGACAUCAACUACAAAAUAUCAUGUGCCUUGUUAAAUUACUUAUUUUCCAUGUGCCUUGUUAAAUUACUUAUUUUCCUAUCCUUGAUAAAAGAAGAAGUGCUAUGAAUUAUUUCUGUAAGAAACAGUUAACUACAUGUAUCAUACCCAAAGUAUUGAUUUACCCCACAGAAGUAGAUUUCUUUGUUAUUUUACUGUUGAAAUUGUUAUGCAUGCUUACAUGUAUAUUUAAUAUGUACACAAUGUCUGUAUAAAUCGCUGCCUACCAAAGCUGGGUAAGUGAGGCGAUCUUCAUAUUGGUCGGUCAGAACUAAAGUGAUUGAUAAUUUAGACACCUCUUGUAGUUUUUACCAUGUUUUUUAUGAAAAAUGUCUUGAUAUGAUGCAUCAAAUUGACACACUUUACAAAGUAUUUCAUUUAUUUUAAACAUUUAGAAACUACUAAUGUUAAGGAUGUUUACUCUAUUAAAAUAGUUUUGUUUUGUGGUUUAUAUGCAGUAAAACCUGUUUAUCAUGAACUCACUUAUAGCGAAGUCACGCUUAAUGCAAAGUGAUAUUUAUUCCCUAUGAGAGGAAAAUAAUGAAAAUUUGAUUGGAUAUAACAAAGUUUGGUUAUAAUGAACUGGAAUGUUUUACAACUAGUAUACUUUUAAAAUGAACCUAUGUUCAUCAUGUUUCUUUAGAUCGUCUCGCACUACUCAGCCUUUCAUCCAUCGAUUUUUACAAAGUUUAUAUUUUUGUACUUUUUUGUCUACAUAGUGUAUACUGAUUUUCACUAUGAAUAGUUGAUUGCAGAA